AUGACGCUGAUUGGCACAACAGUCCCGCAACUUCCAGUACUUUCUUCGGCGUUCGUCACAGAUGGCAUCACUACCGCGCUCACCAAGGAGGUAUCGUCAGGACACCUCAUCGCCCACACAAUAGGACAGCUGCAAUGUAGUGACAAAAGGGAAGCCGAAAAAUUCAACUGCCAAUUCCCCAGUAACGUCUGCACGUGUUCCGCAGCAGUAAAUAGAGCAACCUGCACAUGUAGCAGUGGCAACGUCAGAAAAACUCUCAAGAAAACACCGCUACCAGUCGUCAUGAAAAACGUCAUGAUAUACCAAAAUGGAAAGUCAGUGGAAGCAAAAAUGAACGUUGGAACAGCACUACAAUUACACCUUGUCGCGGAAGGACUGAAACUGACAUCCUUAAUGGAAAACGCUACAUGCACGGCGGUCGCCUCAGACGUCAUCGGAUGCUACCACUGUCUCAACGGAGCAAGAUUGGAAUUGGCCUGCCACUCAAGCGCUAACGAAAUAACAGCAGAAAUCAGUUGCGGUUCUCAGCAACAAGUGGCCGUAUGUACGAGAACAGGCCAUGUGAACACAAUAACAUUCAACUUCGAAACGCCUACAGUGAAAGAAAACUGCACGUUACGAUGCCCCGGAGGUCUGACGAAUUUCGUCAUCAGUGGAAAUCUCGAAUAUAUCAACGAUGGUCUUCACGUCGAAGAAACGAACAACUACGAAAGUGAUUCAAAUUUUGGUAGCAUUUCAAUUAGUAAUGUGAUUUCAUUGUUGAAGACAUCCUUUUCAAUGGCUACCAAUUUCCUUUCCUCUUUGAUUGGAUUGAAUUUCAUUUUCACUCUACUCGCACUUUUCUUGAUUGUUACAAUCUUUAACUCCUUACGAAAUCGAUCAGAAAUCAAAAAGAGUAUGUAA